CUCUCGUACCGUUUUCUAUCCUCUCAAAAACACGAAACUAAUGAGGAAGAUGCUAUGCCGCAACUGCAAAACGACAGUCUCCUUUGAUUUCGAGAAUUGUCAAAAUCCUCUUUGACAAUUCUCGAGGUCACAGAUUACUGUUGUUUUCGCCGUUACUUAGUCCGGUUCAGCUUUGUAUACUCAGAAAGCUAUAAAAACCGAACCUUUCUACUAUUCUAGCUAUAGUUACCAAACAACACUUAGCAGUGUCUCUCAAACCGUCAAAGCCAUGUCUGUUUUCCCCGGCGCGUCUGCAUUCCCCGGCAAUUUCGCCACGGCUGCGUUGGGAGUAUUCUGGGAUAUCCAGCAGUGCGAGAUCCCUGAUGGACAGACUGCUGCCGAGGUUGUGGAGAGAUUGAGAAGCAACUUCAGGGAAUCUGGUCAUCUUGGUCCGGUCUCUAUCAACGCAUACGGUGAUAUGACUCCUCACGACUUUGCCUCCUCGGGAAUCAAGCACAAUCACUUUCCCGCAGGAGACAAGUAUGGGAGGCAGACGAAGAUGUUGGAGGACAUUGUGGCGUGGGCAGGCGAGAAUCCGGAACCAUCAACGUUGUUGCUAAUCGCUGGAGACGUCCCAGAUGAGUUGGUCGAGGCUGUUAAGCUUUUGAAAAGUCGGAAAAAUUACCACUUGCUCUAUGUGCACCCAGCCCCACGCCCAACGGUGAUUACUCUGUUUCCUCUUCCUGAAGACUAAAUGUUGUAUCGUGUGGAAAAACAAAGAAACUAAAGUAGUAUUGUUUCUUUCUCGUUUCUUGGUUGUAUUUUGGAUCAUCCUCUUUUUUUUGUACAACUAAGCAGAAAUCAAUCAGAUUGGAUUUUAAUUUAUCAUUUUUAUUGUGAUUCCUCUUUUUUAUAUACUCUCUAGAUUUUACUUCCAUGUUGUGUGUU